UUUCGGCGUGUUUUAGGUGAGUUUGGCGAGGUGUGUCGCGGCCGGCUGCGCGUGCCGGGCCGGAGGGAGAACUACGUGGCGAUCAAGACGCUGAAGGGCGGCUACACGGAGAAGCAGAGGCGGGACUUCCUGUCGGAGGCGUCCAUCAUGGGCCAGUUCCAGCACCCCAACAUCAUCCACCUGGAGGGGGUCAUCACCACCUCCUGCCCCGUCAUGAUCCUCACCGAGUACAUGGAGAACGGGGCUCUGGACAGCUUCCUCAGGAUGAACGACGGGCAGUUCACCCCCAUCCAGCUGGUGGGGAUGCUGCGCGGCAUCGCCGCGGGGAUGAAGUACCUCUCAGAGAUGAGCUUCGUCCACCGAGACCUCGCAGCCAGAAACAUCCUGGUCAACUCCAACCUGGUCUGCAAGGUUUCAGAUUUUGGUCUCAGCAGGUUUCUGACUGAGAACUCCUCCGACCCGACGUACACCAGCUCUCUGGGCGGGAAGAUUCCUAUUCGCUGGACGGCGCCCGAGGCCAUAGCCUAUCGGAAGUUCACCUCGGCCAGCGACGCCUGGAGUUACGGCAUCGUCAUGUGGGAAGUGAUGUCAUACGGAGAGAGGCCAUACUGGGACAUGAGUAACCAGGAUGUGAUUAAUGCCAUCGAGCAGGACUACCGGCUGCCCCCCCCCCCAGACUGCCCCUCCUCCCUCCACUCUCUGAUGCUGGACUGCUGGCAGAAGGAACGAGCCAAUCGGCCGAGGUUCUGCGACGUGGUGGCGGCGCUGGAUAGGCUGAUCAGAAACCCCGCCUCCCUGAAGGUCACGCUGGCCGAGGGACGAAGUGUGUCCCAGCCCCUGUUGGACCAGCGGCCCCCCCCUCCCCUCUCGGCCUGUGCGUCUGUCUCUGAUUGGCUGAGAGCGAUAAAGAUGGAGCGUUACGAGCAGAGCUUCCUGCAGGCCGGCUUCAACAGCCUGGACAUGGUCUCACAGCUCAAUACAGACGACCUGCUCCGAGUGGGCGUGACGCUCGCCGGCCACCAGAAGAAGAUGCUCUCCUCCAUUCAGACGCUCCGGAUACACAAAGCCCCGCCCCCUCUGCUCUACUGACCAAUCACAGCCCAGACCGCAACUCUCAGAAGCACUGACAGUUUCUCUAACUCACCACAGAACACUUAGACCAAUCAGAGAGCCCGAGAAUGGCUGAGACUCCACCUCCUGGUCGGUCUGACCAAUCAGAGAGCCCUUUGAUGGCUGAGACUCCGCCUCCUGGUCAGUCUGACCAAUCAGAGAAUUGGAAACAGCUUGAAAGCACAGAAACAAACGUUAGGAAACAUUAAAUACUUUCUUCAGGAUCUUCUAACGUAACGAUGACUCAGGUGCUACAGGACUCCGCCUACUUCAUCCCGACCAAUCGGAGCCGAGGACACAGUUGUCUGCUUUAACUUUCGAAUUUUCUGCCGCUCAGGAAAACCUAAGCUCCUCCUCCCUAAAGUCUGGGCGUUCAGCGAAGAACAAAGACACGUUUCCUGGGUGAAAGUAUUAGAAAUAUAUGAAUAUAUAUGAAUAUAUUUGAAUAUAUAUGAAUAUAUUUGAAUAUAUAUGAAUAUAUAUGAAUAUAUAUGAAUAUAUAUAUAUAUAUCAGCCUACAGUUAGACAGGUGUAGUGUAAUUCUGUGUAACGUCCACGAAGGUUAAAGUUCAGGAAACCUAAGUCUGGUUUUAGUUUAGUUUAUUUACACAAAUAUAAAAGAAUGAACAGGAUACGAUGAGUAACGGUGCGAGAGAAAGAGGAAGUGGCGUUCUUCAGGACAAAACUCAACCUUUUUUGGCGUUUUUCCAUCACAUGGUACCUGCUCGCCUCGCCUCACCUUGUGCGCUACGUACAGCACUUUGGUCAGCGCCAGCUGUUUUUAAACGUGCUAUAGAAAUAAACUUUACUUACUUACCUUUUAGUAUCGCCUCAGCUCGCCGGGAUCCUCGACAGACAACGUGACAUCAUGACUUUGUGUAAACAUACACGCCCACUUUCCUAAAGCCGAGUGGCGAGUUAUCUGGACGCAUUUUGUGCUCUCCACCUGUAUGUCUACAGCAGAUGUAAACAUACACACCACGCGGCGAGAACGUGACGUACUAUCGCAA